AUGAGGGCUACAGGUGCCUUAGUGCUUCUCAGCCUGCUGCUGCUCUCUUUCUUCUCGGUUCCAGAUGUAGCAGGUCAAGAGAUUGAAGAGAUUUGUAGAGAGUUCAUAAACAGAAGUGUGUACUGCACGAGGGAGUCCAACCCUCACUGCGGCACGGAUGGAGUCACGUAUGGGAACAAGUGUGCCUUCUGCAAGGCAGUGCUGAGAAGUGGAGGGAAAAUAAGGUUGAAGCACCUGGGGAAAUGCUGA